GGAAACUUUAUCCUCCUAACACUAACUUCCAAUUAUCAUGGAUAUUGGGGAUUCAACUAAGAGAAAUCAACGAAAAGUCAGGCUAUAUCAACUGCUUAAGUCCACUAAAGGAUUAACUCGUUUCAAAUCUGAUGAAUUUAGUAGACAAAUGUGUGAAAGAAGCCUUUAUCGACUGAAACCACUUUCCGGAAAGGAAUUUAAUUUUAAGCUUUGCAAAAUUAUUAUCGGUCAGGUAAGGAUUUAUUGACUGUUUUCCUAAACGUAAAAGUAUCAAGGAAUUCUGGUUAACAGUGUUGAAAAUGCUUAAUUUAUGUGAAUAUUUUAUGUACGACAUAACUAGUCAAGGAAACUUUAAAAAUAUAUAUCUUUGAAUAUGCAAUGUCACAGACUAUUCAUUUGAUAAGUUUUAAUUUAUUAUGUUAGUGGUUGGAGGUAGCUGUGAUGAAUUUCUAUUACAGGUCAGUUGUGGUCCGGAUAGCAUAAUGGUAACACCUCAUACUGUGAAAUUGAAUAACUUGGCUAUGAAUUUGUCGGGGAUAAUCGGUCUCUGUCAAGACUAAAGGUACUUGAACAAUUUGUGUCAAACUACAAAGGUGAUAAAUCUAAUCACAUGAAAAGUAGACAAGAAUCACAAUCGAACGAGCUUUUAUGUAAUUUAACCAAUCGACUACGUCAAAUGAUUGUAAUGCAUCUGAAAGCGUUUGAUAUUAAAAAUGGAGGCCGAUAUAAACUAAUUGUUUCUGUAAUACAAACAAAUUAUCCAGAGGGAAAAUCAUCAUCAUCUAGCACGAUGAUAGCAAGUUGUGCAUUAUUUAAUAUAGAAACAGACUAUUAUCUAUCUGAAACCACAAGAACUAUUUUUGGUCAUUUAAUUGUAAUUGUUUACGCCUGUUAUCAUGAAUAAUACAUUUAUUGACUUCGUAUUAAUGAAUAAAUUUGUUCAUAUUUUCAAUUAAAAAUCAAGGGCCAAUUGAAAUAACAAAACUAGCAGAUUUAAUUUAAGUACAAGAUUGAUCGGUGAAACUGUAAUUUAUAGAUGACCCUUGAGUGACGCCAGUGACCUUGCGAAUGCCCACCAACUAUGACCAAGAGGGUUAUAAACAUGGAUGAAGAAUUAGAAUUAAGAAUCACAGUUGAUGAUUAGGGUUAGGAAUUAGAUUUGAAGUUUUCCUCACUAACUGACAUCAGCUAUAAUGCCAAAAUUAUAUUUAGCCAAAUGGAUGAAUAAAUCACGCGCCAGAAUCUAAAACCUGUUAUCUUAUAUCUGAUUGGUUC